GAUCCAGCCGACGAGGCCCACCCUGCCCCACGCCAAACUCGGGAGAAUCAACGGGAUCAAAUUCAGUAGGUGAUAAUACGUGUUAAUUCGACUCUUUCGGCCCAAUCACCAAACCGGUCCGCCUUCCUUCGCGCUCGUCACCUCGAUCUCUGCGACCCGACUCCGUCUCCGCCCCACAUUCACUAAACAUGUCGCUCGAGAACCAGGUCGAGAACCUCAACAUUGAGGACGGCGCGUCCGUCGAGAUCCACUCUCGCCCCGAGCGCAAGGCGCGCAAGGCCCUCGAGGGCCUCGGCCUCAAGAAGGUUCCCGGAAUCCAGCGUGUGACGCUCCGCCGCGCCAAGAACAUCCUUGUUGUCGUCGCCAACCCCGAGGUCUACAAGAGCCCUGGGUCGGACUGCUACAUUGUGUUCGGCGAGCCCAAGGUCGAGGACCCCAACAGCGCCGCGCAGAUCGCUGCGGCUCAGCAGCUCCAGGCCUCCACCCAGGCCGCUCAGGCUGCCCACGCCGCCGGCGGAUUCAAGGACGGCGUUCCCCAGUCCCUCGAGGAGCUGAUGGGCGGUGACGAGUGAGUUAGAGGCCCGCAAUUAUCAAGCGAAUGGCGCUGACGCUCGAUCUGCUCACUUGUUUACAUGACAUUGUUUUCUGUCAAUAACCAUUGGCAUCUCCGCUACCAUCCCACUGCCACACGAUAAACCGCGACUCAACUCCGUGCCAACUGCGUUGACUCUCUCUACACAUACGCACAUGCCCCGCUUUCGCUUCGUGUUUACAGCGCUCCUGACCUUGAGGCCGGCGAGAAGACCGAGAAGAAGGUCGGCACGGGUGGCAGCGGCAAGGUCGAGGAGGAGGACGUCAAGCUCGUCGUCGCCCAGACCGGCUGCACCCCGGAGAAGGC